AUGUGGAAUCUAAAUACGAAUUCUGCUGCACUGGCAGUUGCACUGAAUGGUAUUGUGGCUCUUGGUCAAGUUACGAUCAACCCAAGCACCACCUACCAAACUAUCGAUGGAUUCGGUUUCUCUGAAGCCUUUGGAUUUGGAGCGCCUAUAGCUAGUGCAUCGGCUUCAAUCCAAACGCAAGUGACCAACUUACUGUUCAGCACUAGCACUGGUGCUGGCUUGACCAUUUUGCGUAAUCGCAUUGCUGCAGGCUCCGGUUCGAUCGAGCCAAAUGCGCCUUCAGGCCCAAGUGCUCAGCCGACUUAUACCUGGGAUGGCAAUGAUGCCGGGCAGGUUUGGUGGUCCAAACAAGCCCGCGCAAAUGGAGUAAAAUACAUCUACGCUGAUGCCUGGAGCGCCCCAGCAUUCAUGAAAACCAAUGAUAAUGUAGCAAAUGGAGGCUAUCUCUGCGGCACGACCGGAGAAACUUGUUCAUCUGGUGACUGGAGACAGGCGUAUGCAAACUACCUUGUCCAGUACCUCAAAGACUAUGAAAGCGAGGGUAUCACUAUCGACUUUCUUGGAUGGCUGAACGAACCUGAUUACUCACCCGAUUACGAUUCGAUGCUGAUCACGAGCGGCACACAGGCCGCCUCUUUUAUCCCGACUUUGUAUAAUACAAUCAAGAGCGCUGGGCUAUCAACCGGAAUUGCUUGCUGUGAUCCAUUCGGCUGGAGUGACGCAGUUACCUGGACAGCACAGCUUGCAUCAGCGGGUGCCACUCAGUACCUCGCCCGUAUCACUUCUCACUGGUAUGCUUCCCAGGGAACAUCGCCCAUUAGUACCAGUCUCAGGGUGUGGGAGACUGAGUACGCCGAUCUCGACGACGCUUUUACUACAGCCUGGUACUCAAGCGGAGCUGCCAAUGAAGGUUUGCAUUGGGCAAAUCUUAUCUGGCAGGGUCUUGUUGAGGCCGACUUGAGUGCCUUCUUGUACUGGAUUGGCGCACAAUCGAAUAGCAAUGCUGCCGCUCUCGUCACACUAAACGGAUCUACGGUUCAAGCAUCAGGACCUCUUUGGGCAUUUGCCAUGUUUUCACGUUUUAUUCGACCUGAUGCCGUGCGAAUUAGCACUUCUGGAUCACCUAGCAAUGUCAAUGUGGGAGCUUUCAAAAACACUGACGGCUCUAUUGUGGUUGUCGCGAUCAACAAUAACGCAAACAGCCAAACCAUUUCUCUGAGCGGAAUCACGGCCUCUAAGGUGUCUGCAUACUACAUCGACAGUGCGGUCUCCUCGCCAUCAACUUUUUCUGCGACGUUGAGCGGCGGUACAGUGGGAGGCUCCCUUCCGGGGCGCUCUGCAGUUACCUUCGUGAUUACCACAGGCUCAAGUGGCUCAACGACAACGACAGCAACAAAGACGACUAGCUCUUUUACUACUUCAGCCUCGUCUACGACAACGAGUACCUCCUCAGGUGCCGCACAAGAAUGGGGCCAGUGCGGUGGUCAAGGUUGGACGGGACCGACCACUUGCGUCAGUCCUUAUGUCUGCACAUACUCGAACGCGUACUAUUCGCAGUGCCUUCCUGCCUAG